GAAAAAAUAAGACCACUUUGAAUCCAAUAUGGAAUCUGCUUGAAUCCUUAAACCACUCCCUUGAGAAAUUCCCUUUCCCUUACCAAGAUCGGCAAUGACUUUGAGACCAGUAGUACCAACCCCGUCGGAAACCGGCAGCGAAUGGGGGAAGGUGUCGGCUGUGCUGUUUGACAUGGAUGGGGUGCUGUGUAACAGUGAGGAUCUCUCCAGGUUAGCGGCGGUCGAUGUUUUCGUCGAGAUGGGAGUUCAAGUCUCGGCUCAAGACUUCGUCCCCUUUAUGUGCACAGGUGAAGCUAAUUUUUUGGGAGGUGUUGCUUCUGUAAAGGGUGUGAAGGGGUUUAAUCCAGAGUCUUCAAAGAAGAGAUUUUUUGAGAUAUACCUGGAUAAGUAUGCAAGCCAAAUUCAGGCAUAGGCUUCCCUGGUGCCUAUGAGCUUAUUGUACAGUGCUGACCGUAUCAAAGUUGAUGCCAAUUUAGCAGCUGCUGGUUUGAAAUUAUCAAUGUUUGAUGCUGUUGUAUCUGCGGAUGCAUUUGAAAAUUUGAAACCUGCCCCUGAUAUUUUCUUAGCGGCAUCAAAAAUAUUGGAUGUGCCAACAAAUGAGUGCCUUGUGAUUGAAGAUGCAUUAGCUGGAGUUCAAGCUGCAAAAUCUGCUUGCAUGAUGAGGGUUCUCAUUGUUGAAUCUGAGUACAUUGAUGCAAGUCUACAAUCUCGUAAAAAUAGAUAUUUGGGACGGCCCGAAUUUUGUGGGUCGCGUUAUGGUAAUACUAAUUUACAGUAAUAACUAAUAAUUUUCAAUUUUGUGUAUUAAAAUUAUCAACACAAAGAAAUAAUUAUAUCAAUACGACAUGUAAAUUUAAAUUUCAACACAGAGACAUAAGUUUAUCAACACAAGAUGAUUGAUAAAUUUAGUGUCAUUGUGUUGAUAUUUUUAAAUUGAAAUUAGUUAUUAGUUAUUGAUGUAAAUUAGUUAGUAUUUGAUCACACACCCGAGUUUUUAACGUAUAUUUGGUAAAGUAGGAGAGAUAUCAAAAGUAAAAGUUAUUAGAGUACGUUAGUGGAGAAUGGAGUCCACCUUAUUAGAGAGAAAGAUGAUAUCAAAAAUAGAAAGUGGAAUAUUUUUAUGGGAUGACCCAAAAUGGAAAUAGUCUCUCUUUUUAUGUGACGGAUGAACUAUAAAAUUUGAAGUGCAGCAUCUUACAAUAGGUUGAGCUAUGCCAAUUAAUAUGUGGAAUAUAUAUGACUAAAUGAUCCACAUUAUAACAGAGUAAAAAAGCUUAUAGAAGUGACACCCAAGAACAAGUGACCUUACUUAGUGUAUCCCAAACUUUAUUUUGAAAUUCAUCAUUUCAAUGCAACCCCCUUUCCUCUUCUCUUCUCUUCUCUGCGAUUAAUUUAUGGGUUUAUAGAGAAUUUGGUGUGCUUGCAGAUGCAUAGCUGUAACAACAACUUUAGGUGAAGAUACUUUAAGUGCUGCUGGUCCAUCACUUAUCAGGAAGGAGAUAGGUGAUAUUUGCUUUAAUGAUAUUCUUAAUGGUGGCUCUGAUUGAGACUCCUCUUGUAUAACAUCUGAAACAGGAUCUAAGGUUUAUUUCUUAUAAAAUUCUACUCCUACAUACUUGAAAGAUUUUAUCCAUUUUGAUUAAUGAAAUUUUAUUUUUCACUUA